GGAGUACGGAGUCGUGGGAACCGCGCAUGCGCACACUGCCUGGAAGUUAAGCCAAUGACUCCAGAGCUUGCAUCUCUCCAGACGCAGGAGCGAGACAACGAGACCGUGCAGAGGAGGAGGGGGGAGGAAGAUCGCUCCGCGCAACCCAGCACGCUAUUGAUUCGUUGGAGGUAAAUCCUUUUAAAUGUUCGUCGUUUCCAGUUGGGAAAAUAUAGAUUUAAAAUAGUAGCCGUACAUCUGAAAGACGGGGAGCGGGGUCGGACAAGUUUUGUGCUCUUUAUUUGUGCGUUUUAAAUUUUUUAAUUAACCUGCCUUUCUGCAAGCAAACUAGUUAUCAAGAGGAUGUCGUAUAUACAUGCAAGGGGGGUGUUUGUAGGUGAGACGGUGUGUAGCUGGCGUUAUUCUCUGGAAUGCUUUGCAUUUUGGAGGGGUAUCCUGUGGCGGAAGAAACGGGGGCAGCGGAACGCUGCUUGUAUUGUUGUAGGUCGAGCAUGUGGCGGAGUGAGGACUCCAGCCCCCCAUGAAGGAAAACAGUUGUAGGAUGAGUUUCUCUAUCUGUUCCACUACCCCUACCAAUUGAUUCCGGUUUGUUCGACCCCAUCGUCAAGAGAACUUGGAAAUCGCUGGGUGUUUUUAAUGCAGUUAGUGCUUUGGACCGCCGUCGGGCCCCGGAGCGGGGAGUUCCCAGUUUAAAAAAGUUGUUUGUUCGCUCCUCUCUCGUAACAGAAAGGAAGCGAGGUGAUUGCUGCAAUCCCGGCUACCCUUCACAGUGGAAUGAAAGUUAAUGGGUUUCUGCUUCCGAGUAAUAAAAUGUGGGAUUUGGGGCAGCAAUUCGCUGUGCACGGCGUGUUGGCGGCGGUCAGAUUUGUGUUGUCCGUUACAGCUAUGGACGCGGGACCGGCGACAAUGGGAAGCAAAAGGGAGGGGGAGGGGGAAGAAGGUUUGCAACAAAUCCCUCGAGGUCGGCUAAACCGGCUUAGGAUUCGAGGCGAGGUUUGGAAUGUUGGCGACGCGGGCGUUCCAUUUCCGAACGUUCUCCGGGGUCCGCGUUCCUUUCUGCGAGUGAUACACCUGUAGAUCGAUUCCGCGAGGGGAAAGUUGCACCGCGUUGCAUGGCAAGCGGGUAACAGCCAUGGCGGUGUCGGGGUAUGUUUCCUCGGAGGAAAGGGCAAAGACAGCAGGACAGAGGCGGGGCGGGUUACCCUUGGGGUGGUUUGUCCAUGCCUUUUAGAGGUGACUCCAGUUUCAGCCGCAACUGAGUUGCUUGAAACGAAGGGAUCUUUUGUUUUUGUGCAGUCUGUCACGACACGUGCUCCAAGCUACGCAAGUCGUUUAAAAUUGCAAUCCUAAAGCUACUUACCAGGGUCCUUAUUGAACAAAACUGGACUUCCUUCUGAGUUGACAUGGUUAGGAUUGUGGUGUUAAUCUCGGGUUUUUUAAUAUAAAAAAUUAAAAAGCUGUUUAUCAGACUGCCCUGUCAUUAACCAUCUGAGUUGGGUGGGUGGUAAUGCGGCCUGGAAAGGGGGGGGGGUAUCCUGCCACUUUGAAAGCAGACACUCUUAAAAGUACUGUAUACAACUUUGAUCGGAACUUUAAUUUUUUCAACAGUCGCCUCGCUGCACACCCGCCCCUCCCCGCCCGCGCCGCCGUGCAAUACGAGUCUUGUUUUCCUUUAAAGUCGACCUGGAACCUUUCCUCCCUUUCCCGCGCGUCUCAUAAGUGUAAUCUUUUGUUUUCGAAUUCCACUCCGCGGAAGCAAACAGCCCCGGCUACUACCUUGUUUGCCGCAUGUAGGCAAAACAAAGGGCUUAUAUAGAGCAUGUGGCUGCUGGGCUUUGCAAACGGCGCGGCGCGCGAGAGGCGGGGCGGGGGGGGGGCGGCGCGGCGGCAGCGCUCCUUUCUAUCCCUUCGGCACAUAAACAGGCACGAACCGUGUUGCAUCCGAAAUCGGAGCAGAGAAAUACGCACGAGGUCGCAGCCGCUUCUUGAGGACUUUUUAAAAUUUUAUUUUGAUGUUAAACUUCAGAUACUGCGCGCGCCCCCAGUACAAGGUACCACGCCGCGUGCAGGGCGGAGGAGGCGUGUUUAGGUGGCUCAGAGGCAGGAAGCGCCUUCGAGGGACCCAGCGGAGUGUUGGAGCAAACACACGCUCUGGUUGCUGCUGCCUGUCCCGGGCUGUAAUGUCGCUCGGUCAUUAAUUAACUGGGAAAGUGAGAGAGCUGGAAGGAAUAAAUGUCACGUUUACUUUAUUGGCACACGCUUUUGUGCAUCUGUGCGGGGUUCAAGCGCGCUUCGCUCUCCCCUCGUGGCGCGUGUUUAUGGGAGGUCUCGCCGAUCCCGCUUUGAAGUCGGAACUGUUGCCAUGUUUGAAUUACGUCAGGGCAAAGCCAUGAGGAGGAACCAGUUCCUACCAUCGCGGGCAGAUCGCGCGCUCACACCCACCCGAUGUGCACGCAGGAGCUUAGCGGGGCGCCGGUGGGGGGCGGGCGGCAUUAGUGAGCAGGAAGUGCUGCUGGUCGCGGCGGCGAUGGGAUGGAGGGGGCGGGUGGGAACCUUUAUCGUCUCUUUUGUUCUGCGAGAAUGCGGAGGGGUAAAACUUUCCCUGGUUACUUAAUGAGGGUCCAUUCCUUUGCUUUCCAUCUCCCACCGUGUGUGUGCGCGCGCGCGCGCAGACACACACACACACAAAUUUGGUGAGAGCGCCAGCGCAACCUGCUGUUUCUCAUUAUAGUUUUAAUAAAAAAGCGUUCGAAACUCAAGUCACUUCGCCUGGGAUGCCACUUUCCCUCUUUCUGCGUGGGAGGCGUGCUCGCGGGAGGUGGGAAAGGUUGACAGGCCGUGCUCUCGCGCAUUUUUAAUUUAUAUAUAUUUUGUGUGUGUGUGUGUGUGUGUGUGUGUGUGUGUGGAAAAUCCGUGCCAGUAGCUGUGAUGACCCCGAUCUCUCGCUCACUCUCUUCCAGCCCCCCCCCCUUGCGCAGAGACUACCACCAGUAGCACUCGGAGAUUAGGCGGCCUCUGGAGGGGGGAAUGCUAUGACGCAGUGGCUUAGCGUGGGUUGUCAGCACCCGGGGCAAGGCAAGCAAUUUGCGCCCCCUAACCCGUGGAUUUUAGCACUCGAUUUUAGCACUCGAGUGCGAGCGCGCGCCCCCAGAUGUUGCGCCUGGUGCGGCCGGCCCCCCCUGCACCCCUCACGCUACGCCACUGCUAUGACGCUUCCUUCCAUGGCAGCCCCUUACUGCAAAGCUAGUCGAAAGCGGAACAGGAAAUGUGGACAGCUUUUGAUUGCCUUUUAUUUGUUUUGCAUGUGUGCAAUGAUUUGCAAUGCCUAUGCAUGAGUGAGUCUCUUCUCCCACCUCCCUCCAUUGUUGGCUUGAUUUAACCAUCAGAUCCUACCAGUAAACAACAACAGUAUCCUCUCGUCCAGUUGCACGUUUGGGCGAUACAUGGAGAGACUUCAUGGCAGUGGCUUAGUUUGGCAGGUAGACUGGCACAUUCUCCUCUUGCAUAAGCAUAGCUGUGAAUGUUGCUGCUGCUGCUUCGUCUUCUUUGCUGCUUCUAGAGAGUGUGUAUACAUAUUUUGUUCCUGGGCAAGCAGAGUUCCUUGCACCUGUGCCUAAGAGAGACCUCAGAGCUUGGUGUCUCUCUGAUCAUUACAGCCUGUUUUGAAAAGUAGGUCGUCCUUGGCUGAGGUGGAUGUGGGUGGGUGGUCCUUCUUGGAGGCAGGGCUUGCCUCUACACAGUGGCGUGGCAUGGUGGUCUUUUGCACAGGGUUUUGUUUUGUUUAAAAAUGGCUUAAAUGCUUGGAAACUCUUUCCUACUUUAAUCACUUUAUAUAUGCACGCACACAGCUUUCAGUGUAUGGACGGAGACAGUUGAGGGUCUUUUAAAACAUGAUGUUCAAAGUCCCUUUGUGUUUCCCCACCUCUUUUGCUGUUCAUUUACAAUACAGUAUUUGAAAAUGUGUAGAGGGGUCCUUAAGAAGCUCUCAUCUAGUUUUCUCCCUCGCACAGAGAGGAGCAUUCACAUGCGACUUUCUAUACUACAACAGAAACUCAAAUGUCAUUUUGAGUGUUGUGUGGAAAGUGCUGUUAUUCUUAUUCAGGUAUUAGCAGCAAAGUAGGCAUCAUGGGCAGAAAUUAAAGGACCUCUUUGGUAAAAGAAAGUACAGUCAUACUUCAGGUUACAGAUGCUUCAGGAUGUGUGCUUUUGGGUUGCACACCGCGCCGAACCUGGAAGUACUGGAAUGGGUUACUUCUGGGUUUCGCCGCUCGCACAUGUGCAGAAGCGCUAAAUCGUGCUUUGCACAUGCGCAGACACGGCGCUGUGGGUUGUGAACGUGCCUCCCGCACGGAUCACGUUCGCAACCUGAGCAUCCACUGUAUUUAUUCAUACAGUGUGUAGUUAAAACUAUGGAACUCCCGAAGGGGGUAGUGAUUCUCACCAACUUGGGUAGGAUUGGGCAAGUUCAUGGGGGAUAAGGCUAUGCUGUCAGAGGCAGUAGGCCUCUCGAUACCAGUUGCUGGGAUUUGCAGAUGGGCAAGAUGCUCUUUCACUCAGAUCCUGCUUGAGGCAUCUCGUUGGCUACUGUGAGAGUAGGAUGCAGGGCUAUGUGGUCCAAUAGGCUCUUCUAAGUUUGGGAUUAAGGCUCUUUGAACACACUGGAGUUUCAUCUCAAGUAAACACAUACAGAAUUGAGCUCUAUCUAUCUCCUCAUCUCCAAGUACUUGGAACUGUGUUUGCUUAGGUUCAUCCCUUUUAUAAUCUUUGGAUUGCAUCCAACAAAGUUGUCCCAUUAGUGCAAGGACUUCCACCAGCGUGGUGGGACUUCCUUGCCCGGUACGCUCCCAGAAUCUGCUUUGGAGGGUGUGUGGGGAGGCACCACUGAGAGGGAGAAGAAGCCCCAUUAUGCAGACAGAAGACCUUGCUCCAGGAGGACAGUGUCAUUGGAUGCAACCCUUUCCGUUCUCUAGCAUCAGAAAUUAAAUUGUCAGCAUCUCAGCAGAGAGACCUGGCUUGCUUUGCAUUUCUGUUACUCCGUGGAGAUAAAGUGUGGGUAACCUGCACCUCAUUUCAACAGCCUUCUGCAGGCAAGCAGUUCAGACCUCUGAUGAGCAAUCUGUCUCCGGAUAGCCCACCAGGGAAGGAGGGAAGAGAAGGGGGCACUGGAAAGAGAGAGAGAGAAAUAGGGAGUGGACCCACCCAUUUUUUCCACUUUUGUCCCUUUGAGCUCCUGCCCCACCCCUCGCAGAUUACUCCCAAAGGAAUGCAGGAGAAAAGUGGCCCACCCUGUGUUUUAUAGGCCACACCAAUACAUUGCAAGGAAGUAUUGCUCAAGCAAUCACAGAUAAUCAUUCUACACCCAUUUAAACUUCAUUGAAUAAGCAAGAGAGAGGCGGUUAUCUUUAACAAACUGUGUGAGUCCAGAGUUUUAAGAAAUUGUUCUUGCUACUAAUAGCAUUACCUAGCCAUGCAGUCCAUGCUUAAUUCCCACAGGAUCAACCUUGUGAAGUAACUUGCUGUUGAUUGAAAGGCAGAGAGAGAGAGAGAGAGAGAGAGAGGCUUUCCUGUGACCACCCAGGGAGUUUUCGAUAAUGAAGCUUGGUAAUCUGGUGAUCUUUCGCAACAGAAAGAGCAAACUUGGGCCAGUGAAGAACCUGGUGAGAGUUUUAGCAGCACAUGGGUUUCUUGAUCUGCAAUGGCGCAUUCUCUACUUGGGAUGCUCCUUUUAAAGCAGGGCUAGUCUGAAUUUUUAUAUAUAUUUAUAUUACUAGAAAUCCAUUGAUCCACCUUGGAGGUCUCUUGAAGUUAAAACACGGUUGUGUUGCAUGGUCCUGAGUGUACACUCUUGGUGAAGGAUGUAAGCGUCUUGCUGGAUCAGGCCAUGAUCCACCUAGUGGCAGAGCAUGUGCAGGGCUCCAUAUCUGAUCCCUGGUAUUUCCCAUCUGUGAUGGUCUGGGAAGGCCUCUUGUCUGAAAUCCCAGAAAGCUUUUGCUGGUUGGUGUAGACUCUUAAGCAGCAAACCCACAGCAUAGGAUCAGAAUCCUGCUGAAAUAGAAGUGGCUUGAAGGGAAGGCAGAGUUGGGUAUGCAAUCUAUCUUAGUCCUAGAAUAGUAAGCCUUCUAUAUAUAUUACAGGAUUUUACCUCACCUACUAGUAUGCUGACAUUGCUAAUUUGUUUGAGGGAUGGGAAAAAACAAUACAGUAAUAAUCAUUGAUAAGGAGACGCGGGUGGCGCUGUGGGUUAAACCACGGAGCCUAGGACUUGCCGAUCAGAAGGUUGGUGGUUCGAAUCCCUGUGACGGGGUGAGCACGCAUUGUUCGGUCCCAGCUCCUGCCCACCUAGCAGUUCGAAAGCACGUCAAAGUGCAAGUAGAUAAAUAGGUACCGCUCUGGCGGGAAGGUAAACGGCGUUUCCAUGCGCUGCUCUGGUUUGCCAGAAGCGGCUUAGUCAUGCUGGCCACAUGACCCGGAAGCUGUACGCUGGCUCCCUCGGCCAAUAAAGCAAGAUGAGCGCCGCAACCCCAGAGUCGGCCAUGAGUGGACCUAAUGGUCAGGGGUCCCUUUACCUUUUAAUAGUCAUUGAUGGAUUUGGGAGAAUCACAAUCCCAUAUUGAGAUGGACUGUGUGUGUUUAAGAAGCAUUGCUUAACAUAAUUUUACAAGUAUUGCAUAGAGAGCAUUUAGAUUUGCAUCAGGCAUAGUAAAAUAUUGUUUUAUUGGACAGUCAGUGAAUAGGAUUGCAUGUAUCCAACCCAGAUGGUUAUGGGGAUGGAGCAAUUCCCCUGUCGAGAAAGGUUGCAGCAUCUGAGACUUUGUAGUUUAAAGAAAAGCAAAGAAAAUAAAAUUAUGGAUAGAGAAGCCAAAUGAAUUAUACAUUCUUGUAUAAUGUACAUUAUACAAGAAAUAGCAGGGUGCAAUAUAACUAGGAAUUCCUGCAAAUACCUUCCUUUGUGCUAUUCAGACAGAAGUAAAACAAAACAAAAAAACCCUGACAUUCUACUAUUACAAGUCUACUAAUUUAUGCAAGAAUAGUCAGAACUGGAAAAAGGAGAAAACACCUCCUGUAAAGAAAUAGCUAAAGAAAGUAUGUAACACAACUGAAUGAUCAAAGAUGAGAAAUGACUAACUUCCAAGAAGAUAAGUUUACAAAAAGAUGGGUCUUACACUUCUGGAGCAAACUUAAUUUGUGAUAAUAUCCCCCCCCCUACAAUUACUACUUUUUUAAAAGAGGUAGGAAAUACUGGUUUAAAAGAAUAUAUAAGCCUGUACAGAUGCAUAUCUUUUGUAAACUUCCUUCUGUUGGAAGAUAACGAAGUAAAUAAUUUCCGCGCCUGGAGCCAAGGAAUUCUCUGUCAAAUGGGAGGUUUGUACUGUGGCUUGAAGAUCAGUAAAGGGUUGGUGGGAGGGAAGGAAAUUCCUGAGCCCAAGGUUGUCCAUGAUAUUAGCUGCAGGGGCUCUGCUCCUUUUAUCCACUUGCAGAUCUUACGUCCAGCAGUUUGGGGCUGUGCUUGUUAUCAUCCAGUUUUGAGUGAGAAAUGGGAAUAAAAGUGCAGGUAGAUAAAUGACCGGCAGCGCUAUGUCCUGCCUAGUAUGAUUUGAAGUUUGGUGGAGAUUGGCCUUGCAUAGUGUAGGCUUAAGUUAAAAAUAGUCAUCUGCCAAAGGAAGAAGGGCCAUCACUUGCCAAUGGGAAGCAGCAGAUUCUGUUUCCGUGGCCUCCAGUUGUGGUUCAGUUUGUUCAUUGUUACCCUUCGUUCUCAAAAUAAAGGCUCCAGGUGUUUCCACACAUGGGUGUUUUUCUCCCAGGCAAACUGUAUAAUCUCACAAGGCUUAUCAUCUCACAAGAUUGCAUUGCAGAAGGUUUUUGGCAGAUGAAUUGGCCUUGUGAGAAAGCAGAUUGUCAGAAGGGGGUAGUAUAUAAGGCCCUUUCAUGUAAGCGUGACUCUUGCAGACUUGAAAGCAAUAGUAAGUUUUGGAAUUGCCCCUAAACGGCUGGAUCUGGAUUCUGAAAUGAGCACCAGCAUUCAACCCAAAUUCCUAGUUAUGGUUUGUUUUUGUUGCCUGCAGAUCACUUUGAAAUCUAAACUUGGCAUUACUCAUGUGUGUGCAAUCAUAAAAAAAUAGAAUGGGCCACGACUGGGCUGUUAUGAAUGAGAGAAGGAUUAUAAAGCACUUUGGGAGACUAAACAUUCCACCGUAAAACCACCAUAGAAACCAAAUAUUUCUUUUACUACCUUUUCUGUUUUGAAGUCCAUUGGCUUUUAGUUGCAGUGCUUAAUAGCUUCCCAAGAUGAUCCAUCCUUACUUUCCAGAGAUAAAUGCCCUUAAUGUACUUCGGCAUAUUUGUUUCUUGUCCUUUGUGGUACACAUAGGUGGGGGGAAAAAUAAUAGAAUUGUGGAGUUGGAAGGGUCCCAAGGGUCAUCUAGUCCAACCCCCUGCGGUGCAGGAAUCUCAGCUAAAGCAUCCCUGACAGAGGACCAUCCAAUCUCUGCUUAAAAACCUCCAGGGAAGGAGAGUCCUCAACCUCUUGUUUCAGGCUGAAAGAAGCCUGGGAAUCUGUUCUAUUUGCAUGGUCACUCUGCCAAAAUAGCUGCGUCUCUGCAAAAGGUUGUAGGGUGAUUGCAGGCAUUGGGGAGCUUAAGAAGCUUGCCUUGUACUGAGACAAAUGCUUAGCCCAUCCAGUUCAGUAUUUUCUACACUGACUGGCUGCAGUUCUCCGGGAUUUUGGACAGUGGCCUUUCCCAGCCCUUCGUGGAGAUGCUACAGGCUGAUUUGGGGUCUGUCUGCAGGCAGAGCCUGUGCUUCAACUACAACCUUUCUCCGUAACUGGGUGGACGAGAGUUUAAGGAUUUUGGAAGUAGUUGUUUUGUCAAGAAACCGCAGAAAAGUACUGGUGGCUGCAGAGAUGACUCUGGACUCCCAUUUGCCCUCUAGUAGUCCUGUCAUUAAAAGGUAUGAGUUAAAUUCCCUAGCAAAAGUGUGCCCAGAGCUCAGUAGAGCAACACUUGGUAGAAGUCUUAGCAACUGAGGCAUGGUAUCUUAAAUCAAUUUCAGCCUUCAGUAUUAGCUAGUAAUUUAAAGUGCAUGGUCUUCAAGUGCUGGUACGGCUUUUUCUUACACUCCUAUUUCUUGCUCUGCUCCAACCCGUUCUGUCUAGCCCAGCUCCUGUGCAACAAAGCAAGCCUAUGGCUGCCUACACCCCAAAGAAUCCCGGGAACUAUAGUUUACCUGUCACAGGGCUGCAGUUCCCAGGCAAUCUUGCAGGUAAACUGGUUCCAAGCUGUUAAGGGCUUUAUAUACUUGAACUUGGCCCAGGAGCAAGUUGGCAAGCAGGGCAGACCUCUGAGUAAAGGGCUUGCAUGCUGACAGGGUCUCACUCCUGGCAGCAAUUGUGCCACAGCAUUCUGCUGUAUCUGCAGCUUCCGGUUCCUAAAUACGCUUAGUUGGAAACAAGUCCUCCUGACUUCAGUGGGACUUGCUUCUUGAUCAAAGCAUGCUUGGAAUUGCUGCCAUGGGGCAGCAGCUGUGCGGAUUCACUGUGGACAGCAGCGCCUGAUUCAGCUCCCAGUCUUUGCCAAACCAUCCCCUCCAAAAACAAAGCGAAGAGGGUAGGUAUAAAAUGAAGUGGGGACUUUUUCCCCAGCCCAGGUGGCUGCUUUGCCUCCUUCACAAAUUGGGAGUGGAUGGGACCAGAGGUAAACAUGAGCUGACCAAGAAAUGCGAAUGUUGAUUUUUGCACAGUAGGCUGGUUUCUUCGCUCUCCUGUGUUCCUCUCUAUCCUCCUCCUCCCAGAUAAGCAAGAGGCAUUAUCAGGAGUUCAGGGUCACAUCGCAGCUGGGCAGAAACACUGGAAAGGGGGAGGUAAAGCAGGGCUGCCAAAGGCUGUGACUUGGGAGGGGGUGUGGGAUGGGGAGAGCUACAAGGGCCAGGCAGAGACCUGGACCACAUUCAGUCCCUGGCCCUGAAAUUCCACAUCUCUGAUACAACUGACCAUAAAUUCCAGGAGGAGUCAGCCAUCACAUAGGGCUUAAUUGCAUGCAAGGAGGGGGAGUCCGGGCUCCAGAGGGAAGGUAGGAUAAGAGGCCCCUUGCAAGUGAUCAGGGUGGACUUCUGCCCCUCCCUAGUAGCCUGCUGGGUGGGGAAGAAGUGAAAGAGAGAAUGGAGCUCCAGAAGAGGAAAAGGGGUGGCACCACCCACCACUGGCUUUGCCCCUGCUCCAACAGUUGACACGCGGCACCCUUGGCACAAAAGGGAUUCUUUGCCUGUGGAGUAGUUGCUAGUGAAAGCGAGAUAGCUCCUUGGAAGAAAAGGGGGUAUAUAAAUUAAAGAAGUAAAUAAAGGCCACACCCACAGGCCGCUUUCUGGUUUAGAUUCUGGUGUGAACUGCAGGCUUAUUCCUGGCCAGAUGAAAACCCAGCCUCGUGAAACUGGAUGGAAGCUUUUCUUACAGGUGCACAGAAAUUAGACCUGUCAACAACAGAAAGCCUUGCCAACUUUGUCCUUGGCAUCUGUGUCUCUUCCUCGGUGGCCCCCACCCUCUUGCCAGUCCUCUGUAUGACCAGGCCCAGUCCUUGGAUGAGAUGCUAUAGCUUAGUCGUGAGGCACAUUCCUUGCAUGUUCAAGGCAUGAGAGGCGGUGGCUGGGCUUCCCAGUUGAUGGAACAGUGAGGUCAGCGUCCCUUCAGUUGAGAUGGUACAUGUUAAGGAAUGUGCCCCUGGCAAAUAACUGUGCUUCUGUAUUCUUAUUUAAUAUUGCACUUCUGUGAAAUCUGCCGUGCAGCGGCAAGGAGGAUGAUACUGCCCAACAUGCUUGGCAGGAGAUACAUAGCAGCUAAGAGGUUGGAUUUACUGUUUGCGACAGAAAAGGGUUGGUGGUAGUAGAGCCUGAAAAUACUUAUUGUUUUAUAUUUAUUUUAUUGAGUCAUUUUUGUAUUGCUUCCCACUUCAGUCUCGAGGCAGUGCACAAAAAUUAAAGUCUGAUACUUUGCAUUGUAUUAUUAUGGCUAUAAAACAUGCACAGCUGAAAUGGGCCAAGAAUGAAAGACCCAUGUAAGCACCCGCCAAGGCCAGGGGAUAUAGAAGUUUGGAUACAGUCCUGAUCUUUGGAGGCCCCAAAGGGUCAUCAGAGAUGGGCACUUGUGCAGGUCCUGAGGGAAGUAUACCUAUCGAUAUUUGGGGCCACCCUGUACUUUUAUAGCACAGUAGCAAUAAUAGCACGGAAAUGUAGUUUUGGGUUUUUAUUUCUUAAAAAAUCAGGAACGCUCUUGGUGGGCAUAGAUUCCCAUUUUGAUUGGUUUUCUUUUGAGUGGUAUAUGCCUGUUUUUUCCCUUCCACAUUUGAAGCCAAUAAAUCUACCUGAAAUAACUUUUGAGACAAACUUGGUGACUUAGAAUGCACCUUUUUACUUCCCCCUUUUUUCCUGCAUUAACUGCAGCUGAUUGGGUCACCUUGUUACAUGCCUGGCUGAAUUUCCUGUGGUGUCCUCUGUGUUGAACGAGGGGGCGACACAAACGCACACGCUCCUGGCGAUCGAGAGAAACGGAAAUGUGUCUGAGACACCUGUCCUUAUGGGAAAUGGUGUGGGACAGGGAUCAUGAAUAAUGGAUCAUCUCCCACUGGGCAUUUCUGACUGCGAUGCGGUGUCGGUUUGCAGAGUUGUACAUGGCAGAUGCGGGGGGUAGAGACCACAGCUGCCUUCUAAAUGUUGCCUACUCUUGUUCCUUUUUGAAGCCUGAUCACCUCCUUUCUUUUCCUUCCCAACCUCGCUCAUCCCUACAGGCUAAAGAAGGGAAGAGAAGAUGUUUGGCUUCCACAAACCGAAGAUGUACCGGAGUUUAGAAGGUUGCUGCAUUUGCAGAGCAAAGUCUUCCAGUUCUCGCUUCACUGACAGCAAGCGUUAUGAAAAGGACUUCCAGAACUGCUUUGGGUAAGAGUUGGUGCCGUUCCAGUACUGUGUUGGGUUUUCUGAGCUGAAGGCUGUUACAAAAAUCAGUGAAGCCUGAAAACCAAAGGGGUGCCAAGUUGUGUGCCUUUCUGUUGAUCUCCUUCUAGUAUAACCAAGCAAUUGAACUAUAUUGUGUUCUUUUCACAGUCUGCACGAGGCCCGCUCAGGAGAUAUUUGCAAUGCUUGUGUGCUUCUGGUGAAAAGAUGGAAAAAACUGCCAGCAGGAUCAAAAAAGAACUGGAAUCAUGUGAGUUUGUCAUCUUUCAUCCUGUAUCAUGGUAGGAGAAGCCAGCCUGUUGCCCUCAAAAUCUUGCUGGACUACACAUUCCAUGAUCACUGAUCACGAUGGCUUAGGUUGGUGGAAGUUGUUGUCCUGAGCAUUUCCUUAAUAGCCAUUGUGUGUACAGCAUGUGUAGAACAGCUGGUAUUAUGGUUCUGCCAUUGCCUGCCUUAAUGGAUGUUAUGACUCAUAAGGCAUUAAUAUAUUCGAUAAAUAGGACUGGGAGGGAGAGUUGCAUAAGCCACAACAGGCCCAGAUACAAUUGGACUACAACUCCUCUGAUCCCCAGUGAGCUUAGCCACUAAUCAGGAAUUGAUGGGAGUUGUAGUCCAGCAACAUCUGGAGGGCACCAGAUUGAAGGACACUGGUUAGCUAUUCCUUCUGACUAGAGGUAUUCUGCACAUUAGGUGUAGGAGCUGAUAGAUAAGAAGCAAGGGGCAGAAGCAUCAUCUCCCAAUGCACUGGAACAAUUCAAAGGGCGGGUGUGGAUUUCUGGGUUGCAAUUUAGUCAAAUUUUGCUCCAUUUGUAUAAUGUAUACAGUUCAGAACAUCCAGCUUUACUUGGCACUGAACCUGAAAGGUCUUGGGUGCUGAGUUUCAAUUAUUAUUCUUUUAUUAUUUAUUUUAAAGCACAGUAGAGCCUGAGCAAUGUAAAGCAAACUCUUGCGUGCAAAUCAGCACACAGCUGCUUUCCCCAUUAAAAAAGGUUUUGCAGUUUUUGCACCAUUGCUUAUUGCUACAAUUCAUCAGAUGAGAGUCGAUGAAACAAACUUUUUUCUUGCUGUCCUUUUCCAGGUGGUGGAUGCAAGAGCUGGACCGAGUCUUAAGACGACAUUGAAGCCAAAGAAGAUGAAAACCCUUUCUGGCAGCAGGAUGAAGAGCAAUCAGAUAAGCAAGCUGCAGAAAGAGUUGAAGAGACACAGUAUGUUAAUCCUAUCUGCUUUUUCCAUUAAUGGGCUUGAUUUGGUGCAGUGGGCCUUGACUCUGAAUGGCUGUACUAUAUAUCACAGGAGAGGGCCUUUGGUGUAUAGAGGCAGUAUGAAAUUCAAAAAUCCACCAUGUUGGCUACCCUGGAAUACUCCCUCCUAAAUCUCUCUAAGAGGCUGGCUUUAAAUCCUGCUAGUUUCACAGCCUUACUGUAUUUUUUUACAGUAUGUGUCUUGCUUAUUCUUGGACCUGAGCAAAGGAACAUUACUGGAGGACUUUGAAAGUAUCGUUUCUGCAGUUCCAGUGGCUUAGUUGCAGCGUAAAAUUGGAAAUUCAGUCAAGCUGAAAAUCCCUCCCAAACCUGGCUGAAUUUGGGACCUAAGGGAUAGACAUAUAUCUAUUUUAAACCAUUUUUAUCAUAAAUGGGUCAAAACAUGUGACUCCCAUUUGACUGGUCACUAUCUCCCACCCUUUGUGUAUGUACACAAUCUUACCCCAAAGGAAUAAUUCAUAUUGCAGUUGUUUUGGGGAUGGAAAUGGGAUGACACCACCCUUAGCAAUCCAGAGAAGAGCAAGAUAAGACAUUAUUUUAAAAAAUAGCAGCAGCAUAUUUACUUAUUUAAGUUAUUUAUAUACCACUUAAUUACCAAAGUUUCUAAGCCAGCCUGGUGCACUCAAGAUGUUUUGGACCGCAGCUUAGCGAAGGCUGUUCUAGGCAGUGUACAUAAAAAUUAAAAGCAUACAGUUCAUAAGAUCAGUUAAAAUUAAUAAUCAGACACAUUUUAAAAUCCCUGCUGAACUGGAAAAGUCUUUGUCAAACAUCUGACAUUCAACAGGAAGUGGGCAGGAGCCGUUUAAUCUCAGCCAAAUUGCCUUCAAAGUACUGAAUGCAGGCCUCCUGGUAGAUAGGAGCCAUGCGUCUUCAGUCAAUGGGGACCACUGGCAGGGAUUCCCCUAAGAUCUCAGUGAUCCAGGCAGGUCUAUAAGAGACCAGGAGGUCCUGAACCCAAGUUAAGGGCAUUAUAAAUCAAUUUAAAAAACCCUGAAUUUGAACUGCCAACCUUUUGUGGGCAGGUGUUAAGUGCUGGCAGUAGUCUGUCUAGCAGCAGUCUAGCAGCAGCAUUUUGCACCAGCCAGAGCUUCGAGGCCAGGCCCAAGGGUAGCCCUAUGUAGAACUCGUUGCCGAAAUCAAGUCCCGAGUUACCUUUGGCCAGCUGUCCCUGUCUGAGAGUGUUGGUAGUUGGUGCACUAGCUGUAACUGGUAAAAAGCACUCUUAGCCACCAAAGUGAUGAGGGUGGAUCCAGGAACUUCCUCACCCACAAUAGGUAAAUUACAUUUUCGAAACUUCCAAAAGUUUUAUCAAAUUGUUCUCUGCAAGAUUUGGGGUAAUAAGUACAUGGGGGAUUAAAUACUAAGAACCCUGAAGAGAACCUAGGAGAAGUGUAAGCAUUACUCAGGGGCAGAAAACCUUUUCAGGCUGCCGGGCCAGAUCUUUCUUACUCCGACCCCUAAUGGGGUACAUUUUCAGAGAUACAAAGAGCAUCACAGGGCUGUUUGUGGGGGGGGGGGGCGUUCAAACAGCUCUACGUGGCUCUUUGAACCUUGCUGCAGGAGGGGGAAGUGGUUUCCAUUGAAACGGCUGUUAAAAUGGAGGGGAAGAUGUCAGUGGAAACCACUUCCCCCUCCGAAAACAAGAUGUGCCCUCUCUGUCUUGUUUAAACAAAGGGAGAAUCGGGAGCUCAACUUUAAGCUCCCAAAUGUUUCUUUGGAGCCAUGUCAGUACCUGCUGCACAUCUGAGGUCACAUAUCGUGUCAUGGGCCGGGUGGAUGGGUGUGGUUUGGGGAAAACAGCCUUGUGAGCCAAAUUGGGACCCCUGGUGCGCCACAUGUGGCCUGUAAGCAAAAGUUCCCCCACCCCGGACACUGAGAGUAGGUGGACACUUGGGUAGUCUCAGUAGUCCGUGGAAACGUUCUGUACGUUUUCUUCAUCAUAUGGACCAGAAACUUUGAGAUUUUGAAAGUUGAGAUUCUAAAGAAAUAAAAGACGUAUGCAAAACUAGUUUAAAUACACUGUUUUCCCUCUUCCUUACAGACUCUGAUGCCCACAGCACUACUUCAAGUGCCUCUCCAGCCCAGUCUCCCUGCUAUAGCAAUCAGUCUGAUGAUGGCUCAGACACUGAGAUGACUGCUGGCUCCAGCCGCCCUCAUGUCUUCUCCUUCUUAGAUCCCAUUUACUGGAAAAGGUAAAAACAAAAGGAAGCCUGAAACAGAAUUGGCACACUCCUUUAAUUCAUGGUAGAAAUCUGCACUAUUUCCGAAGCACAACUAGCUACACAAACAUGACUCUUUAUAAAACUUUUUAAAACAAUGAUAACAGCAAGACCCUGCUUGAAGGCGGCUCACAGUCUUAGUUUUAGACAAAGGGGAAAGUAGACAGCGGGAGGAAAACACAGGAAGAGGCAGAGGUUAAAAAUGCACAUAAUUGCAAUAAAUGUAAUCUUAAUUACAAGGCUCUUUUGCUUCCGUUCGGUUUAGCAAUUAGGGAGCACUUGCAGACAGCUGAUGACUCAACAUGGUGUUUAGGGAUGUAAAUAAAGUAACUGGAUAGCAUGCAGAACAUGAAGUGGGUCACAAGGCAUCUUGUUGUUCUCUUGAAAGCAAAGCCAGAGUCCUGGGGCUGUUUCUCUCCCCCCCCCCCCGCUCCCCCCCCAUUAAUCCUCUCUUAGAGGGAAAUGAUGGAUGCCGUGACAGUAGCCAGCAGUUGUAUUGAUCUCCAAGUAUCCCUCUUGCUUUAGGAUUAGCUAGUUGCUGCAUAUAUGGUGUAGGCUUGUAUUGCCUAGCAAAGAUAUGUAUAACAAUCUGUGAUCGAGAAGUCUGGGAGUGCACCAUUGAUUUAUGGCUUUUGCUGCUGCAGGGUGUGGUGAUAGCCAUUAACUUGGAUGGCUUUGAAGGGGGAUUAGACAGAUUCACAGAGGGCAAGGCUAUUCGUGGCUAUCAGGCAUGCUUGCUAGCUUGUGUAACACUGAAACUUGUUGACAUCCAUUGAAUCUGAAUUGGAAGAUUCAGGGCAGAGAAAAGAAUGUACUUCUUCAUGCAGUGCAUAUGGAACUCACUUCCACUGGAGGCAGUGAUGGUCAGCUGUGAAACCUUUCAUUGUUCAGACAAGAAUUUUAGGAGUAACAUUUUUUUUCUGAUUUUCUGGUUAAACUGCUUUGAGCCUUUGUAAUCUCAUUGAACACCACUUAGAUUUAAUGCUGCUUUACCUUGCUGUGAUGGUUUCAUUCUAAUCUGUUAGCUGAUUUUUAUUAUUAUCACUUAUAUUUUUGUAUGCCACAUCAAGUCCAUCUUUUGUCAAAAUUGAGACAUGUAUGAAAUGAAAUCCAAAUUUAUCUUCUUUUCUCUUGAAGGCAAAAAAUUUGCUGUGGAAUUAUUUACACAGGCCGCUUUGGAGAAGUUGUUAUAGAUGCUCACCUCUUCAAACCCUGCUGUAGCAAUAAGAAGUCCACAACUGAGAAGCCAGAGCCACAAGGUCCCCAGUCUCCAACCAUCUCCAACCAGGAAGAGUGGUGACUUCCACAGCAGUUGGUGUAAAAAAGAACCUCUUUUUCUCUCUGGAAAGGCUUGAAAGUGACUUUCUCUUCACUUUAGAAGCCUGCUAUGCUGCCAAAAGACUCCCCCCCCCCCCCGCGACCUUGAACGGUUUGAGGAUUCCAUUUUUUUUCUGCCUCAGUUCCACUAAUUCAGAAACCUGUUCAUAUCUCUCCCCCCACCCCCAAAUGACUGUAAAUAAUAUUUAAAAGGCUCUAAAAUCCAUAAUUGAGCUGAAUGCUGCUGCAAGUCAUCUUGGUUCAGCCUCUUUCCCCACACAACUCUUCUUCAGAUGAAAGGCCAUAAAAGAGAAUUAAAAUAUGUAGUGUGUUUUUCUGAAAGAGAAGUAGUGCUCACAUUUUGGCAUGCUAAAACUUUUAGCCAGUAACCUUUUCUCCCUGUGAGGAAAAUACUUAUUACUCUUAGGCAUGGACCUGGGUUUGCUGAAGUUUGUACAAGACUUCCCUGCUCUGUAUAUGUUGUAAAGGUGGGGAGCUCUUAAUUUUUACUACUGAUGCUUUAACAGGGAUAAAAAGUUUUGCCUGUCCUGAACCCCAAGGCCAAGGGCUCAUCUUUCUGGCCUAGUAAAAGUCUGUAUGUGAAGGGACUGAGCAUGCAGUCAGUCUUUGGCAAACAAUAAAGUUUUGAGACUGGCCCAUUCAUUACCUUGGUACUGGAACAAGUUAACUUUUUUCUCUCCCCUGCCUGUUCCAGUGUGCAGUUCAUGUAUGAUUUAUGCAUUAAUAUUACAGACAACGUUCAGGGAGAUGAGGGGCUCCUUCAUGGUAUUGAAGGGACGCCCUUUACAAAUGUUGGCCAGUUGUGUAGGGCUGUGAUGAUAACACAGUAUAUAUACUAAGUCCUUCUUUUCAGUACCUUGGUAUGGGACCAAUUAAGUGUAUAUUAUAAUUUGUGAUUGCUAUCUUUACCUGUCUAGUUCCACACCUUGAUAAGGACUGAGUAAAAAUCUGUCAAAACUAGUAAAUUGCAACUGGGAACAGCAGUCAGUUUGUGCCUGGCAAGGUAAGAGGAGGUUUUAUAAUCCCAAUCCAACAGCAGAAUGCAAACAACGCGGUAAUCACUCUUCAUUUUAUACAAAUAUUUUUAUUGUUAUUAUUAAUAAUUUUGAAGGCCAGUCACAAAAGCAAGCCCAUUCUAGCACAAGCUCAGGUUUAAGAUUCCUCUUCUGUGUUUCUGCACUGUUUGAUUAGCUUGGUUACGCACCCAAGGAAGGAAAAUUGCAAUAAUAACAAACCCACCCACAUCCUUAUUGUAAAGUAUUAUCUAAAGAGAGAGAGUUCUAGGUAUGCACGGCAUUGUUGGCAAAUAAGAGAAAGCGUUUUUAUUUCAGAUAUAUACUCUGUAAAUGUGUGCGUAAAUUACUGUGGCUUCUCUUUUUUAAAACAACCACCACCACCUAGUAUUGUCUAGUUAGAGCUAUUUCCCAACUUCACGACACUAAAUGCGUAUAAUAGCCUUCAUGUAUGAAGAGCCGUCACAAGCUGUAGUCAGUGUCAGUCCUUGUCUAUGAUCUUCUGGUCCCGGCUGCAAGUCCUUCCUGUUACCCCUCCUUCCCUCCUAAUCUCCCAGAAGUGCCUUCGGUCCUUGUUCCUACUCCUCUUGUCCCCAGCCUUCAACACAGAACUGCACAGUUAAUUCCCCCCACUGCCUGCUUGUCCCCUAUUUUGGAUUUGCUUCUUCCUAAAUUCUGCCCUAGUACCUAUGGGCAAGCGGGCGUCUCCUAGGACUCCAAUGUUUCCCCCCAUGCUUUCUCAGUCUGUACUGUGAGAGGGGAAAAAGGAGUUUCUUAAGCAUUGUCACUGUAGUAUAUUAGCCGUAGGACAAGGCACUUGGCUGAAUUCAGUUUUUCCCUGAAAUCUCAGCCAGCAUAAGAAUUAGAAUAUUGUUUGCUUUGUUUUAAGAUGAGAUUCCCAAGAUUCUGAUAAAAUACGCCAAUUGACCAAGGAAAGAGUUCUAUCAGCUUUGGCAAAUAAUGGCUUCCGCAGUAAGUAUGCUGCUGUAUUUAGCUCAUACGGAUUUCUCCAUUUAUUUAAAUAGCAUGAGAAUUUUGACUUGUUUUGUGCAGUGCACUACUACAAACAUAACUUUGUCCUGUUAUACUUUUUAUUAAACAAAAAAAUCCUAAACUGAUGCAUUAGGAAAACAAAAUCUGAGCUAUUGUCUUCCUACCUUGUUUUUAGGGUUCCCCUAAUUGUGUCCCCCCCCCAUUUGUAAAUAGGAGAAAUAUUCUAAAGGGAGGAUAAGAUAGGUCUUUAUUUGUAACUGACUAGCUACUUGGCAGUUUUGCUGGGUUGGUAAUCUCUGAAGGAUUCAUAUAGGAGUCCCAGAUAUUUUUCCCCUCAUCAAUUUACACGUUUAAGGUUUUAUUUUUUUCUUUUCUGGGUUGUUGUUUUUAGUAAGCGUCAAGGGUUCUGUGCAUUUACAGCUACAGUAUGAAACAAUGUACUAUGAUAUGGAUCAUCUCGUCUACUUCUGUAUUUAUUUAUUUAUUACUACAACAGCAGACUGCUUUUCCCUCAGCCUCCUUACUCCUCCUUCCUAUGUAGUAAUGCAAUAUGAAUUGUAUGUAGUUAUGCACUUUGUAUUAAUGUAGUAGAAAUCUAUGGAACCUGUUUUUAUACUUUUUAUAUUGUUCAUACACUUGUAAUCCAAACUUUUUUUUUACACUAGGGUAAUUAAUAAAAAAUAGACUUUAUUUAGAAAAAUAA